GGAAGUUCGAAUUGCUAGGUUCCGGUCGGGUUCACACACUGCAGCCACAGGUCUUUGCUGUUUGUUGAUAGUAGCAUAGCUAACCAGUCUGAACUGCUAUGUCAAUAUUUGUGACUUAGCUAGCUGAAGUAAACCAUUUUUACGGUGAAAAUGAGUUCUCCAGGGAAUCGACACGGGACAAAAAGACCUGGCUCUCCAAAUGAAGUAGGUUAAGUGUAUAGCUAGCUAAAUUCAUUGAACGUGACUACCUUGUGGUUCAGGUAGCUAGCCAACGUUAGCUAGCAAGGCCCGUCUUGUUGGCUUCAGCGAAGAGAAGUAUGCAGCUAGCUAUGCAGCCACUAACUCAAGAAAGCCAUAACUACAGAGUAAAACCACAGUUAUAAAAAUCGUUGGUAAAACAGCUAGCUAAUUAAUUAAUUGUAAACAACCAAUAGUAUAGCUAGCUACGUUACUGUACGUUAGUCAACAAAUCACCAUAAAAAAGUAGUUCGUUUUUAGCUAACCUUUUCACCAUGUUAGGUGGCCAGAUUGACAGUUCAUUAUGCUUGCCGGACAGCCAGGCAAUAAUUAGAAACAUAUUUAUUUUUGAUAAAUUAAUCAACUCAAUGCUGUUACUACUAGGCCUAUGAUGUAACUAGCUGACGUUAGAUUAAGAUGUGAUUUAGCCUCAUAUCAAACUGCCAAAUUAGCCAAGGUGCAAUAGACCUAGGGCUAUAUUCUGGGAUCCCAUUCUUUGUGUACUGUAGCCAAUGUGUUGGUUUCUUGCAGGAUGGACCUACUCCAUGGGAAGCUGCAGAUCUGGGGGACAACGAGAGAAAGCAGAAGUUUUUGCGGUUGAUGGGUGCAGGGAAGGUUUGUUUGGUCAUGUUCUAUGUAGACUAUUACAAUGUUUCCCAACCCUUUCCUCUGGACCACUAGAAGUUCACAUAUUUGUUGUAGCCCUUACACUGGCACAACUGACUCAUUGUCAACUAAUCACCAAGCCCUUGACUAGUUGAAUCAAGUGUGUCAGUUUUAGGGCUCAACAAAUAUGUAAAACAUCUGGUACUGGACUAUUACUGUUAUUUCAACUUGUGACCAUUACCUCUAUUCCAGUAUUAGAUUGAGCCACCAUUUUAUUGUAGGCUACACCUUAUAAUCCAUACAGCUUUGUCAAAGGAGAAACAGAACUGUGGUAUUACAGAAUCCAAUGUUUACUGUAUUUGUUUCUGCAGAAAGAGCACACCGGGCGCCUAGUCAUUGGAGAUCACAAGUCAACAUCCCAUGUCCGCAGUGGUGAGGAACCCUCUUUGAAUUAUACAUAAGGGUUGUCAUGGUACUUGUAUCGUGACAACCCUAUUCUACACUUCCUUUCAAUCACACACUCUUUACUCAUGGAUGUAUCUAUUUAAUCUAAUCUUAUCCCAUACCAAUACAGUACUAUCUCGGACCGAAUAGCACUGUAUUGGGUAUGAUUGGUGUUUCACUAGCUUGUCCUCUGCAGGGGCGGAGGACCAGAGGAUGAAUUCUGAGCUGGAGCUGCAGUACCAGCAGGGGCUGGACGGGAAGCUGUCAGGCAGGAACAGGAGACACGUCGGCCUGGGCUUCAGCGAGGUGAGGGAUCAUGGACAGACGGGUUGAACAUCAAUACAGAGCGUGCUUGCCACAUGUCCCUGUUGUUGCUGGUUGAGAACCGGUCCUAGCAAAGAUGGCCAAGAAAUGGUUACAUUAUGAUGCAUAGGGCCUCUGAAAUCAGCCUAUCUACAGUUAUAUUAUCUAUGGUGUUGAAUGGCUGAAUCGCGAGGUAUUAAAUAAGAAACGCUUGUUUUUAUUUUCUGUUGCAAAACGUUUGUCGUAAUGAACACAAUCCUGGACUGUUACAGCAAGGUGAAGCCUAGAAUGAGAUGAGGCUAGAAUGACAUGAUUAGACUGUGAUGUAAUACUGAUUGCUUGACUGAUUGAUGGAUGAUAUACAUUUUGAGAUUUGAGUUAGGGGCAGUGCUCCUAAUUGGACCUGUAUGUUUUCAUAUGUAAGAUUAAUGACAGCAGAUGAAGUUCCACAACAUCAAAAUGUGUUGCUCUGUCUGUAAGACUGUUUGUGAUUGGCUCAAGUCACAGAGGCAUGAUUGCUACAGUCAAUGUCCAUGACACACCUGCGUGUCGCCUGUUGCCCCAGUCUUCAGAUAUUAAUUUUGUGUCUCUUCUGUUCUCCCCACAGCCUGACCCACCUCCACCACCCGCAGAGAGCCAAGGCAAAGCAGAGCAACCAGCCAGUCCCAAAGCCCCAGACAGCCCUUCGGAACCCCAGGAGUCACUGGACAAAUCCCCCUCACAGAGCCCAGAGGGCGGGAGGACAGAGCCCAGCGCAAAAGACAAGAAAGAAGACAAGAAACACAAAAUGGCCUUUGUGAAGUCAUCCUAAGACUGGGCGAAAAACUGAGAAUCACCUUUUCUAAUGUCGAACCACAGAUUUGUACAAACGAUGUUCGUUUGUCUCGGAAGUACUCCCUAGAUGAUACAUGGUAACUUUGUGGUUUAAGAAUGCCUUUUUUUUAUGUUUCAAUGCUGAGCAGCAAAGCAGUAGUGUACUACUGUAGGAGGGAAUGUAAUCAAUGAUUGAGCCAGAUUCUUCCCAUUGUUUCCUUGUCAAUUUUUUUGGAAUUCCUAACUAGAAGAGGGACUUGUCCAACGUGUUUUAAUGGAUCUGAGAUUAAGCAAAAGCUUUAAUUAAGUUGGGUUGAAUGUAAUGGGGUUGAACCUAUUGGCUCGAUAGGUAUUUUACAGUCCUGUUCAAUGUCUCACCAUGAGUAAUAAAAUGUACUUGAACUACAAACUGAAUAUCAAUAAACUGAAGCACCACAGUUCUCUCAGGGUGGGUCUGGUGAAUUGUGGGGGAGAAAAUAGUGAUAAGGAAAUAGUUACAGAAACUAUACUGAACAAAAAUAUAA